AGUGACUUCAGGUCUCGGACUACAACUCCCGGCGUGCUCUUUGAUCCAGAGCCGGAACCGGAUGUGCCUCGUCGCUCCUGUGGCGGAGCGUCGGGGAAAUGGCCACCGGGACAGACCAGGUGGUGGGACUGGGCCUCGUCGCCGUCAGCCUGCUCAUCUUCACCUACUACACCGUCUGGGUGAUUCUCUUGCCCUUCAUCGACAGCCAGCAUGUCAUCCACAAAUACUUCCUGCCCCGAGCCUAUGCGGUUGUCAUCCCGCUGGCUGCCGGCCUCCUGCUACUCCUGUUUGUGGGACUGUUCAUCACCUACGUGAUGCUGAAGAACCAGAAGACCAAGAAGGCCCAGUGAGGGGUGGGCAGGGUUGAGGUGCUGGCUCCUCUGCAUUCCCUCCAAGCCAGGGACCAAGGGUUGCAGCCUGCAGGACAUCUGGGCAUGGUGGCCUCAUCCUGGCUGCCCCACAGCCAUCUCCAGAGAGCUGCUUAGGAGCCAGCCUCUGACAGACUGGGGCUCCCUCUCCCACUCACCAUUCCAGAAACCAGGAGAGAGAAGGACUGGAAGCUGCCCACUUAACUGCUUCUGUCUCAGCCUGAACCAUGAUGGUCCUGACCUCUCUGUCAGACUCCUUGUCACCUUUUCCUCUGGGCUCUGCCUUCCUGCCCAGUUUCCCUCCUGUCUCAUGCUGAUGAUGGACUUCGCAGGUUCUGGGACUGCACGUGACCUCUCCUUUCCUCCUGCAUGUCCUCCCCUCCACCAAGUCAGUUCUUCCGGGUCUGACACAGCUCAGGUCCCACAAGGACCUCUGGACCUGGAAAGCCCUAGGAAAGGACUGACAGACCCCAGGACCAUAGGACCACGCCAGUCCCUUCAGCCCCAGGUCUGUUUGGAAGAAGUUAAGAAUAAAUGUUGAUCAUGUGUU